GAAAAGUAAUGAAAAUUAUGAUGAACAUUUUGAUAACCUCCACUGAUGCCUUCACUCACUUCUCCGAUGGCUUGAUGAGGGAUACUCAUGGCAUGAUUGCGUUGAGAUUGAUGUUAUUUGUGGUUAUGGAGAUGUAGUUUUAGAUCUGUUUUAUAUCUAUAUGUGUCCUUAAAUGAGAAAAAUCGGUAUUUACUUCUUGAUUGUACGUUUCAAUUGGGUAUUGUUUUAAGCGUCUGGGUAGGAGAGAGAUGAAAUCUGUAUUUACUUCUUGAUUUUACGUUUCAAUUUGGGUAUUGUUUUAAGCGUCUCGGUAGGAGAGAGAUAAAGUCGUACAACUUUCACCCAUCCUAAAGAAAAUUUUCUCUCAAAACCUCCGAACCUCCUUUGAUUAGUCAAAUACCACCAUUUCUUCCUCUAAAACCAUCUUAGUAUUUCUAAAACCACCCUCUUCUUCCCUGACAUUUCUUAAAUCUUUCUGAUUUCUCUUCGUGAAUAGCUCGGAUCCUCUAGCUAAUCUCUUUAGUAGAUCUGUCCAAAUCCUUUAUUUUUACCGUAUCUUUCAUUUCUUAGAUUUCAAGUUGGAUUUUGGAUCUGUUUUUAUAAAGGGUUGUAUUGUGAUUCUGAAUCCUUGUUGUGAUUUCAUUCCUCUUUCUUUAGCAAGUUUUGGUUUCAGUUGUUUUUCUCUCUAAGCUUCUUAAGUUUGUUGUUCUCUAGCUUUGGUGUUGAUUGAAAUUAUGUCUCACAAGUAUGAUGAUUUUCUUUUAAAAGAUGUGAAUCCCAUUCCCUCGAUGGAUGAGGACCUUCUCUGUCAAUUGUUGAACCAACUGGAAUUAAAUCUAAAUGAUAGGAAACCUUUUGUUAAUCGGCUUCUUGGGAUUAUUUCUCUUAAUGAUCAAACAGAACGAGUUAUGGCAUCAAGUAGUAACGGUAUGGAGAUGAUACUUUGGUUGAUGAAGGUUUAGAAUCUCCUCCUGCUUGUGUUGUUGAAGAUUCAGAGAUGCACAAUUGUUCUCCGGCAACUGAAAUCACUCUCUCUGGUGAUCUACAUCUGUUUCCACUUGAUAAUGGCUCUGACCUUGUCACAUCGAAGACGGAUUCAAUUAACGUUAACCUCUCUGACGAGAAAGAAGUUAUUACUGUGUUCAAUAGCAUCAAGGCUAUUGAAACUGGAAUUUCAUGGAAUAGAAAGUUGUUUACUACUGACCUGUCUGACGAUUCCUCUGGAGCGACGAUCUAUAAUAGUUUUUAUGCAGAAAUGGAUGAUGAUUCAGAUGACCUAGUUAAUCAAGUCUCCUCUGCUGACCUGAGCCUUAGCCUGGAGUAUGUGGAUUAUUGGCUUGCUAGGAAUUUUUUAGCAUGUUGGAUCUUCUUCUACAUGAGUGAACUUUUAGCCAGUUUACACCUACGGAGGCUAGGUCAGGAAGUACAUAUGAAUGGCACAGGUUGAAGAUGAAUCUUUCUAAUGAUCACAAGUGUCUUUGUUGGAUGUUUCAAGGGGUUUCCACCUCUUUCUGGAAGGAUUUAGAGGAAUUUUUCACCAUUUUCUUUUUUCCUAUCAGUAUACUUCAUGGAAUUCUUGGGGUUUUAUGUGGGAUCUGGGCUCUCACUUAUGUUGGGAAUACCUCGACAUUAGACCUUUAAGCCAGCUUACUCAUUCGGCGAGGGAUUGGGCAGUCAGUACAUAUAUCUGGCGUAGGUGGGAUUUGAUUUUCUUCGAUAUUCACAAGUUGAAUGAUGUUCUAUUGUUUGGAGGGAACUGGUAUUGUUUCACCUUUAUUAGUCAUCUUCCUUCUUAUAGGAGGAAAGAUGCAUCUCUAUAUGUCACGCGUGUCUCAUUUAUGAGAAUUAAACAUCAACAUAUUCACGUCUUGAUAGAGGUUUCGUUAGCAGUACAUUGUAAUCAUGGUCGGAGUGGGGCUAAUGAAGACUUGGCAGACACUUUUGUUUCCUUCUCAGUACUUGACCGAGUGAGGAUGUCUACUUCACUACUUGGUAGCAUUAACUCUUGUCUAGACACAUAUCUGUAUUUCCCUUUCAGUGCCUUUAUUCUUUGUUCUUCUAUUAUUUGCUGUAAUGGUUUAGCCUCCAGUUUAGUGUCUACUGACUGUGAUGGCUAAUUUGUAACCUUUGAUUAUAAAAAAAAAAAAAAUAAUAAAAAAAAAAAAAAAAAUCGGGUAUUGUUUUUUAUUUAA